AUGUAUGGUACUGUUUCACAGAUCUUCCAAGAGGUGAGCGUGUUGUUCUCCAACAUUGUUGGCUUCACGGACAUCUGCAGCCGGGUCAAACCUAUGGAGCUGGUAACUCUUCUCAACGAUGCCUACACCAUCUUCGACAAUCUGACCGAACAGUAUAAUGUCUUCAAGGUGGAAACGAUCGGAGACGAAUACAUGAUUGAGUCUGGAGCACCCAUCCCCACCCAAGCGCACGCCUUUGACGUUGCUGACAUGGCACUGGCUAUGCUCAACGCUAUUGGGCAGCUGAGUGACCCAUGCAACGGCGAAACCAUCAAAAUCAGGAUAGGAAUGAACUCUGGGCCUGUUGUUGCCGGUGUUGUGGGUCUGCGAGUGCCGCGGUACUGUCUGUUCGGUGACACGGUCAACACAGCGUCCAGAAUGGAGAGCACAGGAGCGCCAAUGACCAUCCAGAUAACCGGAGCAGCCAGGAGAUACCUAAAGACAUCCUACAUUAUUGAAGAGAGGGGACUGAUUUCUGUUAAGGGAAAAGGGAAAAUGAAGACCUAUUGGCUGAAGAUACGGCGAGAGAAUGAGGAUGAGGACGCCGAGUUCGACUCAGACUCUUCCGACUCCACCAUCAUCCCAGCUCCUCAGGGUUUGGCGGCUCAGGAGCCUAAGACCAAAGACAAAUGUAAGGAUGCUUCAGAAGAUAAGAAAAACAGGAAAGAAGGAAAGAGGGCCAUGGUUGACAACGACAUGUUCCUGGAUGGAAGUGGCGAAGACGUUCUUCAACCUGAGACGAAACAUAGUAGUCGUACCAAGUUGAGUCAGGUCUGUAGUCUGAUGUGACAAGUGACGUCCGUAAGAUACUUUGAACUAUGUUCAUCCUGCUAAUUAAUGUACACAAUUCAGUUUGUAAUCAACAUAUAAAUAGGUCUAAUGCACAGGAUUAAAUCAAAUUAACAAUUGAUCAUUCGACGUAACAGAAGGUUUUAGCCACAAGUCUUAAUUUCUCAUCGCUAGCUAGCCUAGUCUAAUAGAGGUCUGUAAGAAGUGUUUAUAAACACAAGGAAUCCUGAUCAAUAACAAAGCUGAUAAUAACAGAAAUCCGUGCUGUGACUGCCACUGAGAGGAUGAGAUUGUGAAACCACAAAUUUUCACAAUGAGUACGAAGUUUCCUUACAUGGCCACUGGCUUCAUAUAGCUCGGCCUUCUUAUCGGUUAUUUCUGGGGACGAAUAUAUGUUCGUUACCCUUAAAAGUAUAUAUAUAUAUAUAUAUUCUCCACAACAAUAAAAAAUGCUUGACAUCAAGAUUCGUUAGGAAAUGACCAAUCAAAUGGCGUCAACCUCCAAAAUAUCUAAAUUCAAAUUCAAAGUUUCAUAUUCAUUUUUUAAUCGAGAGCUAUUGUAAUUUAUAUUUCUUUAUUCAAAAUGAUUCAAUAUCAUCACAAAUAUCAUCUCUCCCGUGGAUUUGUGAUGGAAUUUUCUGCUAAGUAUGAUGUCAGACUGACAGGUGAUUUGGCACCGUUUUUCAAGGUAAAUUCCCCUUACGGUUACACCUCUACCGGCGUAUCAAUUGAUCUCAUUCAAUCUGGUCACUCGCCAACCUGUGAUUGGUCCAUAAUCCUACUUCAUAAUUCCUGCGAAAGUUCGUUCUACUUCUUUUUGUUCUAACCCAGUUAUUUACUGGUGUCUGGCUCUUCAUCACUAACCAUAUGGAAUAUGUAAUGGAACAGUGUAUUCCGACAAAAAGCCAUCUCGAUGUCUGAAGAGUAUCUAAGUCAUCCAGGAAUGAAUGUUCUUUUUUAUAUUUUAAGGUCGACAAAUUGACAUUCCAACACUGUUAGCUAACGCUAUUUUGUGAAUAUCAAUGGGCUAGACUUAUUCUAAAUAUCACAUGAAGCUACAAUUUACUUUUAUCCGACAAAGAUGGACCUUAUAAAUCAUUCUUUAUUUUGAUGUGAAUGCAUUUAAGGGUAAACAGCCCAGGGUAUUGUUUUGUUCGUUUACGUGCAUGAAAAAAACAACACGUUAAAUUUGGUCUUUACCAGACAAUGGUUGCUGUACAAUUCCAAAAUAUGUUUUUCAUUCACAACACACGAUGUCAUGACAAUG